AUGCCGAAGAGUUGUGCAGCCGUCGGAUGUAGCAAUCGUGCCGAUCCUGGAACGGCUGUGAAGUUUUACAAGUUUCCUGUAGCGGACGAGCGGCGCAAACUAUGGGUUGCGGCUAUGAGACGAGAGAAUUGGAAGCCAACUGACAGUAGCAGGAUCUGUUCAGACCAUUUCGUAGGCGCAGAGAAGAGCAACGAUCCACUAUCUCCCGCUUACGUUCCGAAACUUUUUGAACAUGUCAGGACUCCUGUAAAGCGUAAAGCGGAGAGGGAUUUGGUGGCAUAUGAACGCCGAGCGAAGCGGAAGCUGACGUUCGAGGAGAGCAAGACGCAGACACCAGUGAAAGUGGACGCCUCCGGGAAUGACUUCACAGAGGCAAUGGCAGAUUUGCCUGGUGCCUAUGGUGCAGAGGUAGAGUCUGAUCCUGUAGCAGUCUCCAGUGUCUCAUCGCAGACUGACAUGGAUAUGGAGCACUUGACGCGGCUGGAGGAGACAAACAACUGUUUGGUCCUGGAAAGCAAACGGAUGCCACACGCUCCAGGACAAGGUGACACCUUGUCAAUCGAGUCGUUUGAGAAAGACAACGCGAAGGUGCUCUUCUACACUGGUUUGCAGUCUUUUGGGACCAUGAUGGGCAUAUUUGAACACGUGAGGAAGAGAGUUCCACAGCACCACCGCCACACGCUCUCUCUCUUCCAGCAGUUCUUGAUUGUUCUCAUGAAGCUUCGGCUGAAUUGUCGGGACCAAGACUUGGCGUACAGAUUCGGCAUUCACCAGUCGACCGUGUGCCGGAUUUUCCAGCGCUGGAUCCGGGUGAUGCAUGUGAUGCUGGGACCACUUGUCAAAUGGCCGGAAAGAGACGAACUACGCAAAACUCUGCCACUUGAAUUUCGUAAGCAUUUCCCGGGCUGUGCUGUCAUUAUUGACUGCUUUGAAGUUUUUUGUGAACGACCUUCUGAUCUGAUGGCAAGAGCUCAAACGUACUCUCACUAUAAAAGCCAUAACACUGCAAAGUUUUUGAUUGGCGUAGCGCCACAAGGUGUCAUUACAUUUAUUUCGCAUGCAUGGGGCGGGAGAGCCUCAGACAAGUUCAUCACAGAGCACUGCGGUCUGCUUAGUCACCUAAAUCCGGGUGACCAGGUGCUGGCUGACCGUGGUUUCACUGUUGAAGACAGCGUUGGCAUGUUCUGCGCAGAGUUGGUGAUGCCCCCAUUUACGAAGGGGAAGAAGCAACUCUCCAGGCUGAAAUUGGACAGUGCUCGACAAGUGUCACGCGUCCGUAUCCAUGUGGAGCGAGUGAUUGGAAUGCUUCGCCAGAAAUACACGAUCCUCUCUGGCACUUUGCCCAUUGCUUUCCUCAUGCAUGACGAUAAAGCUACAUCAUGUGCAUUCAUUGACAAGGUUGUCACCGUCUGCUGUGCUCUGUGCAACUGUUGUGAGUCCGUCGUACCUUUCGAGUAA